UUCUGCCUACCAGGGUCCCUAGAAGCUAAGUGUCCCAUCCCCCAGGCCCUCACCAUGGCCGAGUCCGCCGGCUGCUGCUCUGUCUGGGCCCAUGGCCUCCACUGCCUGUAUAGCUGCCACUGGAAGAAAAGCCCCAAGGAGAGGAUGCAAAACAGCAAGUGUGACUACGUCUGGUGCGGCCUGCUCUUCCUCACCUUCCUCCUGUCCCUGGGCUGGCUGUACAUCGUGCUCAUCCUCCUCAAUGACCUGCACAACUUCAAUGAAUUCCUGUUCCGGCACUGGGGACACUGGAUGGACUGGUCCCUGACAUUUCUGCUGGUCAUCUCUCUACUGGUCACCUAUGCAUCCCUGCUCUUGCUCCUGGCCCUGCUUCUGCGGCUCUGUGGCCAACCUCUGCAUCUGCACCACAUCCACAAGGUGAUGCUGCUCCUCAUUGUACUUAUUGUGGCCGCUGGCCUUGUGGGACUGGACAUCCAAUGGCAAGAGGAGUGGCACAGCUUACGUCUGUCACUGCAGGCCACAGCCCCAUUCCUUCAUAUUGGAGCAGUUGCCGGCAUCACCCUCCUGGGCUGGCCUGUGGCUGAUUCCUUCUACCGUAUCCACCAAAGAGGUCCCAAGAUUCUGCUACUGCUCCUAUUUUUUGGAGUUACCUUGGCCAUCUACCUGGCUCCCCUAAGCAUCUCCUCACCCUGUAUCAAGGAACUGAGAGACUUACCCCCCAAGCCCGAGCUGGUGGGACACCGAGGGGCCCCCAUGUUGGCUCCCGAGAACACUCUCAUGUCCCUGCGGAAGACAGCCGAAUGUGGAGCUGUCGUGUUUGAGACUGACGUGAUGAUCAGCUCCGACGGAAUCCCCUUCCUUAUGCACGAUGAGCGCCUUAGGAGGACCACAGAUGUGGCUUCUGUGUUCCCAGACCGAGUCACCACGCACAGCAGUGACUUCUCCUGGGCUGAACUGGAAAGACUCAAUGCCGGGACCUGGUUCUUGGAGAGGCAACCCUUCUGGGAAGCUAAGCCGCUGUCAGGCCCCGAUCGGAAAGAGGCUGAGAAUCAGAGAGUGCCAGCACUGGAAGAGAUACUGAAGGAAGCUGCUGAACACAACCUUUCCAUCAUGUUUGACUUGCGCCGCCCCCCACAAAACCACCGGUUCUAUGAAGAUUUUGUGAACCAGACAGUGGAGGCUGUGCUGAGUUCAGGGGUGCCCCAAGCCAUGGUCCUUUGGCUACCAGAUGAAGAUCGGGCUCAUGUCCGACAACGGGCCCCUGGAAUGCGCCAGAUAUAUGGAUAUCAGGGAAGCAACAUAACUGAAAGGCCCCAGUUUCUCAACCUCCGCUAUCAAGACCUGCCACUAUUGGAUAUGAAGGCACUGCACCAAGAUAAUGUCUCAGUGAACCUAUAUGUGGUGAACAAGCCCUGGCUCUUCUCCCUCCUCUGGUGUGCAGGGGUGGAUUCGGUCACCACCAACGACUGCCAGCUGCUGCAGCAGAUGAGUUACCCCAUCUGGCUUAUCCCCCCUGGAACCUACCUAGUGAUGUGGGUCACUACCAAUUGUGUCUCCACCCUGCUGCUUUUGUGGACCUUCUUCCUCCAAGGGAGAUGUGCUGAGGCGAGAGACCGAACUGGCUUAGAGACAGCAGUGCUGCUGACCAGGAUCAACAAUUUCAGAAUGGAGUGAAUGCCCUGCCCUGGGCCCCCACCAGCCAGAGUCUGAGGCCUGUCUGCAUUGGCCAACGGCAAGGAAACGAGAAUGGCAGAGGUGGAAUGUUGGUGGGGUUGGGAUGGGGUGAACUUUGCCAACAGGAAGUUUUGAACUAUGAGGGUCCUCUGCCCAGAUGGUGGGCAUGCCCCAAGCUUCCAUGGAAUCUGUUCCCCUUGGGGUUUGACCUGAGGUGGUUAGGAAGACACUGAGUCAUGAGAAGUUUCUCCCCAAGUGAAACUAGAACAGAGGAAGGGACAAGGAGAUCACCAAGAUCAUGUUUCAGACCUGUGUGCAAAGAUCAUGUUUCAGACCUGUGUGCACGAGUUGUGUAGAAGGCACAGGGUGUCAGGGAUGGGACAGCUCGGAACAGUGAUGAAGGAGAUGACUAAAACACCUUUCCCAGAGAACUAUAAGAUGAUGGAGACAUCGACCAGUUUCCAUUCACCGUCUCCCCUGCAAUUAAGCUGCUUUCCUGUCUAGCGGCCAGGCAGCUAAAGAGCCCAUCUAGCCAUGUAAUUGUGUACCUACAGGGGGCUUUUUGCUGUGCACAGUCUUUUCUUCAAGACAUACUGGUUCCUGAAUCUUGUCUGUUUAUCUGUCAUCUAAUGAAUUUA